AGAGAGAGAGUAGAAUUUGGUGCAGACGUUGUAUAUGGGAGAUGGGAAUGGUGUGCAGUUUUUUUGAUGGACGAAGGAAACCACCGUAAGAGGGAAAACGUCCAAACUCCACACAAAAACAAACCGCAUGUCUGGGUUUAUUAUUUAUUUUAUUUUAAUCAUUUUAUGUCAUGACCUAUGAUUGUCAUUCUACAGCAGCCUUGCAGCACAGUGCACACCUGAUCCCGUGACAUCUCAGAAGUUAAGUAGAAUAGGUCCUGAUUAGUACUUGCCUAGGAGACUGCUCCGGAGCUUGUUUUCUCCACAUAGAACUGGAAUAGACACUGCCCCAGACUGUGACAGGAUGACCAUGAGUACAGAUGGCUGUAUUAAUUUCACACGCCAUGCAGGUGAUGUUCUGCUCAACUUCAACCGCCUCCGCAGCAGAAACAUCCUGACAGAUGUCACCGUUCAGGUGGACGGACAACAUUUCCAUGCUCACAAGACCAUUCUGGUGGCCUGCAGUGGCUUCUUUUAUUCUGUAUUCAUGAACCCAGAGAAUCUGAACCUCUGUACCAUCAAAUUAGAUGACAAAGUGGACCCAGUGGGUUUCUCCAUCCUCCUGGAUUUUAUGUACACCUCCUGUCUGAACCUUGAUGACCGUGUGAUACUGGCCACAAUGAACACGGCGUUUUUCCUUCAGAUGGAGCACAUUGUCAACACCUGCCAUCGGUUCAUCAAAUUAAGGAAUCAGAGUCCACAGAUUGAAGUUGUGCAGAACAACACGUCGUAUCUGUAUGAGGAAAUGCCUGCUGAUGGAAAGGAAGCAGUCUUGAUGCACAACUGUAGGUUGAGUGCACCUCCUCUGCAGGAAUGCAGAGAGUACAUCCCCAGUUUAUUCAGCGAUAUCAACACCUCCGGCUCCUGUCAGAUCUACAGGAACUUCAACAUCUCUGAGAAGCUGGAUAGUUCCCAUAAAUCCAGCUUGAGUGGAGAGGCUUUACCUCAGAAACCAUGUUCACAGGUUCCCAGCACCUGCUUGGCUCACAGUGAGUCUGCCACCAUCACCUCCCACCCAAUGGCAUCUCAUCUCAGGCUCCCCACCAUCAACGGAGUACCAGAAAGCCACAGCUCCCUUCAAAGAACAGAGGAAGAUGGCGUUCAACACCCACAAACAAGCUGCAUAAGGUUGUCCUCAGGACUUGGUAAAGGUGUUAUUUGUAGUCCUCAAAGCCCCUUUAGAUCUGACUGCCAACCCAACUCUCCCACUGAGUCAAGCAGCAGCAAAAAUGCCAACCUGAUACUGACACAGCCUUCUGAGUGCUCCAAAGAUGCCAGGGCUCGCAACUGGAAGAAGUACAAAUUCAUCGUUAUGAACCAAACUAAUGACAAACUAGAGGAGGAGGAUCAGGGAGGCCAUGCUGAAGCUAGAGUGUCACCUCCUGUGAGCCCGUGCAGGACAGGUGAAGCAGGCAAUGUGGACCAAGAGGGAGAGGGAGCAAGUGAACAGAGAGAGGAAGUUCUCACAUCUGUGACUGUGGACUGUAACGGCAAUGGUAUCAGCCAUAGCAGCAGCUCCUCGUGUGGCUGUGAUAGUCCUCAGUGCCUGGAGGUGGGUCACCUUUCUCCUGACUCUUACUGCAGAGAUGAUACAACCAACCUCCACUCGCACUGUUCCACCUCCGGCUGUGAAAACACCUACUUCUGCAGUGGCUCCAAAUUCCCAGAGGAAGACUUGCAGAAAUCUCACGUGGACCAUGUUCACAGUGAUAAGCCCUAUAAGUGUGACUGCUGUCAGGCUGCUUUCCGCUACAAGGGAAACUUGGCGAGCCACAAGACUGUUCAUACAGGGGCAAAACCAUACCACUGUACCAUCUGUGGUGCUCAGUUCAACCGACCAGCCAACCUCAAGACUCACAUCCGCAUCCACUCAGGAGAGAAGCCGUACAAGUGUGAGGCUUGUGGUUCCAGAUUUGUGCAGGUGGCCCAUCUGCGUGCACACAUGUUAAUACACACGGGGGAAAAGCCGUACCCUUGUGAGGUCUGUGGAACACACUUUCGCCACCUGCAGACACUUAAGAGUCACAUGCGCAUCCACACCGGAGAGAAGCCUUAUCAUUGUGAAAAAUGUGACCUCCACUUCAGACACAAGAGUCAGCUACGUCUCCAUCUCCGACAGAAACACGGCACAGUCACCAACACCAAGGCUCAGUAUCACAGGACUUGCAAAAACCUCAUCACCAGCUUUUAAACUCAGACUGAGCUACAGCCCUUUUAUGAUUUUCUUUUUAAACACCUGUCUCUGUUCUCAAAACAUUUUGAAAUGUAGAAAUCAAAACAUGAAUCUCUUACACCUCUGUUCUCUAAGCAUUUGCAGAUGAUGCACAUUACUUUAUGUAAGAUCUGUGGUAUGUCAAAUUGAAAAGGUUUGUGUUUUUGUUGUAAAAUGUGUAUCAACAGAAUGUAUAUUCUGAAUGUGAAUUGAGGCAGGUAUUUCUCUUGGGUUUCAAUUACAUUAACAGAAUGCCUGCACUGAAGGAAAUUCUCAUUCUGAUUGAGAAUUAACUUUCUACUUUGCGUGAUGGAUACUAAUAUGAAUCUGGCCAGUAUUGUGGGUGAUUAUGUAAUAAUUUUUAACACUUUGUUAUUGUAAAUAAGAUUUUUAGCUCACCAUGUGCUUGUAGAGACUUAAACAUAUUUACCUAAAUGUCUUACAUCUGGUAUUCUUAACCAAAUGUAAAUGACAGGCUUUUGGGGUGGGGGGAAUCUAUGUGAAAUGUUGUGGUACAUGUUGUAUAUAUUUUCAGUUGUUUUUGUAAAGAACGUCCAUGUACAGCUAUGCUCAGACUCAAAUAUUUUUAAAUUGUUGAGGUGCUGGGAUGACACCCAGCACUUGCUGGAUUUAUUUUCUUUUUCUUUGCUGUGUUCUGUUAUGGUUUGGUGCCGCAGAUGACUCAAGGGGUUGUCAAAGAUGGAUUGUAUUGUAUCGAUCUGUAUGUAUUACUAACACACCUACAAAAGCAGCGUAUUCACAGUGCCUUACACUAUUCCAUUGGCUUUCUUCUUAUACUGCGUAUGUGUGACAGUACUUAACAAUCUACGCAAGAGAUACUUUCACCGUGUUGUAUAUUGCUACAUUGUCGUGUGUACGCGUGUCAGGUACUAAUGUUGAAGCUGAUUAUCUGUUCAGCUUUUAAAAUAUGAAUUGAUCAGGCAUCAAGCUAAAUGCAAGAAAAUGCUCAGGCAUAUUAGUAACAUGCAAAUUGUCUUGUAAUUGCAGAGUGUGUGUGUAUAGUAUAUGUAAGAAAUAUACAUGUAAAUUUUCAUCUUUGA